AUGAGGACAAAAGUUCCCAAAAACUUCAAAAGCCCUGACAUGGAUCUGUAUGAUGGGACGACCAAUUCAAAACACCACCUUAGCAACUUCAAAAGCCGGAUGUACUUAAUGGAUGCUUCGGACGCAACACGCUGCAAGGUAUUCCCGACGACUUUAACAAAAGCGGCGAUGAAGCGAUUCGAUAGUCUCCCUCCUAGGUCGGUAACCAGCUUUGAUGACCUCUCACAUAAGUUCCUUACCUAUUUUUCAAUUCAGAAAGAUAAGGUCAAGCAUGCACCUAGCAUGCUAGGAGUAAAACAGGAAGUCGGGGAGCCUUUGAGAGAUUACAUGGAAAGAUUCAAUAAGGCAUGCUUGGAAAUACAAGAUCUGCCCAUUGAGGCAGUGAUCAUAGGCCUAGUAAAUGGACUCCGAGAACGACCCUUCUCUCAGUCCAUCUUAAAAAGGCACCCGACCUCUUUGACUGUACAAACACUCUAUCACAAGCUGUACAAACACUCUAUCAAUGACUGUUACGACCUAAAAAAUGUGAUAGAAAAGCUGGCCAGAGAAGGUCAGCUUGACAGGUAUCUCAUGGAAAGAUUGGACAAUCACGGAAAGAGGAAAAUAGAUGAUGAAGAGCGAAGAGAUCGACCGCCGUAG